UCCCCCUCUCAUGGUUCACCUUCUGCGGAGUCGACUGUGGGAUGCCCUGCACGCCAUUUUUAUGUUACGUAUCUAUGUAUAAGUUCAACAAAUUGUAUGUCAAAUCGAGCAUCUACAUCGUGGACCACCAAAAUAGGUGACUCGUGUGUUUUUGCAACCAAGCAAAACAACCUUUACAAACGUCGAGCGAGGGAAGUCCGGUAUGUAGAAGUUCGAUGCUCCAUAGCUGAUUUGUAUGAUGUGAUUUGUCUCCUGUUUGCUAAGUGUAAAAGAACCUAAUAUUGCGUGUAAGUAGCCCAUCGCCAAUGAUCAGACACACAGUAUACCCUUCCUGCCCACUCUGCGUAGUGGGUAUAAAUGCUAGGUGGCAGUGAGCUCACCGAUUCAGUGUACUGUGGAUGCUCCGCAAGUAAACGAUCUCGACGAUGCUUCGCUCAAACUUUUCGCUGCUGAUCAGCUGUUGCUGCCUGCUUCUCGCCGUCGCAUCACGGACUCCCGGAAUCACGCCACGGAACUGCCCGGAAAACGAGACCUAUCUGGCCUGUGGACCCGAUUGCCAAACGGAGUGUGCUACGCUGGGCAAGCCCUGCCUGAUCAGACACAUUCGAUGCCCCGAUGGAUGCUACUGCAACCAGGGCUACGCCAGGAACGCCGGUGGCACGUGCAUUCCCAUUCGCCAGUGCAACGCAGGCGGCUACGGCAGCUGAAUCGCCUCAUGAAUCAUAGCCAAGCAGCUGAAUCCAAUUAAAAGCAGCUGAAACACUGACAACGGCAAGACAAUAAAACCCAAUGGCUUUGUGUUCGGCGCUUACAAUGA